AUGUCCACCCAACCGCUCUCCUCCCUCCCCCUCGCCUACUGCACCGACUCCGCCGGCAUGCACCCCGCCCACACCCUCCCGCUCAAGCUCCAGUCCAUAGCAGGCGCAGGCUUCCCCCUCGUCGAGCUCGCCUUCCCCGACCUCGAGGCCUACGCCGCGUCGCAGCACCCCGGCUACCACAAACUCGACAACGCCGGGCGCGGGGAUCUGCACACGCUCGUGCAGGUGGCGCGCGACGUGCGGGGCAUGUGCGACGGGCUGCGCGUGAAGGUGUUUGCGGUGCAUCCGUUCUCGCAGUUCGAGGGGUUCAAGGACCCGCAGAAGCAAGAGGAGGGCAUGCUGCGCGCGCGCGCGUGGUUCAAGGUGCUCAGCGCCCUCGGCUGCGACAUGCUCCAAGUCGGCUCGUCCAACGCGCCCGCAGACGACAUCUCCGACUCGUACGACGACAUGGCGCGCGACCUCCGCGCGCUCGCGGACGAGGCUGCCACGCAGGACCCGCCCAUCCGCAUCGCGUACGAGCUCUGGGCCUGGGGGACGUACGUCAACACGUGGGAACACACCUGGGAAGUCUGCAAACGCGUCGACAGGCCCAACUUCGGGCUCUGCCUCGACACCUUCCAGAUCUGCGCCCGCGCCUUCGCCGACCCCACCGCCCCCCACGGGCUCCUCCCCGCCCCCACGCAAACCCUCUCCGCCUCCCUCUCCCGCCUCGCGCGCACCCUCCCCCCCUCGUCGAUCUUCUACCUCCAGAUCUCCGACGCCAGCGGCCCGCAGAACCCGCUCUUCUCCCCCCACCAGCUCGCCAAGGACGCGAAGGCGCAGGGCGUCGACGCGCGCUACGCGUGGAGCAACCAGUGGCGGCCCGCGCCGUGGAUGGACGAGUGCGUCGAGCGCGGCGGGUGGGGCGCGAGCAGCUUCGGGGGGUACUUGCCCGUCGUGGACGUGAUAAGCGCGGUCGCGCGCACGGGGUGGCGCGGGGUGUGCUCGUACGAGGUGUUCUACGAGCCCGACAUGCGCAAGCCCGACGGGGAGGUGCCGCGCCGGUGGGCGAACGCCGCGCAGGAGAGCCACAAGCGCACCUUGAGCGAGCUGGCGAGCCGGGGGGUGGUGUGA